AUGGUUGAGUACGAGUACGCCUCGCUCCUCAUCCCAGGUUUCGUUACUCAAAUGGCAAAGAAGACAUCACGAUUCGAGAAAGAAGGUUACCCCAAGUGGGUAUCCGUUGUUGUUCCCGAGGGCAUGGCAAAAAGCAACAGCUUGCAGAUCAUGGCCUUUCGAGCCAAAUUGACUCUCGAGAAUCCAGGCGGAGAAGGAACACGAAUCGUGUCAUUUCCAUUGAAGAAAUGCAAGACUGAGAUCGAGUUUUGGGAGGAGGCUGAAAAGGUUUCAGCGGUCUAUCAGAACGCGGUCUUCCAAGGGAGGCUUGACAUGGAUAUUGAGUAUCUGUUUGGUACACAAGGCCCUUGA